AAUUGCUAUCCCUAAUAAUCACUUUACAGUCUCAUAAUAAUCAUGUACAUCGCGCGUGCAGGGUAAUUAAUAUGCAAACACGUGUUCUGUGUUUGGCAUCACCUCCAAUAAACAGUUACUACCCUUUUGCCGGGUCUCUCUGGCGCAGCAACGCCGCUUCUGGAAAAACCGCCGAGUCAGUGCUCACUCACUCACUCACUCGUCGUUUCUCUCUUGAAUGUCGGCACCGCAUAAGUUUCUCUGCACAUUCUCACACCGCAUCCUCCUCCUCCCUCCUCUCUCAACUUCCACAACCUUCCUCUUCCUCCCCUCCUCCCACCGCUUCUUCUGCACCCUUCCUCCCUCAACAAUGCCUUGCAAUCAGCGAAGUGGUGGUCACGGUGGCCAGCAAUGGACGGAGAAACCGAAGGAUGAGGCGCCGUUAUCAUCGGCUAUGGGAGAUUCUGCAACUGCUGCUGAAACUGUUUCUAACAAGCUUGCUGGAAUGCAUAUUGGUGAAAACAGUGAGCAAACGGGGUUAGGGCAUGCUAAUAAGGGUGCAAUUUGGAAACAUAAAUCAUAUGGAACUACUGCUGCACCUGAAGUCGACAACAAACCGGCGGGUAAAGUCGCGGUUGAUGGUGCAAGGGUUGAUGCUGGUGGUGUGGCUUCUACUCAGAAGAGUGGUAUUAGUGGUGCUGGUUUGAGCAAGUUAUUUCAAGGUAAUCUGUUGGAAAAAUUCGAAGUGGACAACUCUACCUACUCACAAGCACAUAUCAGAGCAACUUUCUACCCCAAAUUUGAGAAUGAAAAGUCAGAUCAAGAGACCAGGACAAGGAUGAUUGAGAUGGUAUCAAAAGGUUUGGCUACCUUAGAGGUUUCACUUAAACAUUCUGGUUCUCUUUUUAUGUAUGCGGGCCAUGAGGGUGGAGCUUAUGCAAAAAACAGUUUUGGAAAUAUAUAUACUGCUGUUGGUGUAUUUGUUCUUGGGCGGAUGUUUCGUGAGGCUUGGGGAACUGAAGCUUCGAAAAAACAGGCUGAAUUUAAUAAUUUUCUUGAGAGAAACCAUAUGUGCAUAUCAAUGGAACUAGUAACAGCUGUACUUGGAGACCAUGGGCAGCGUCCGCAAGAAGAUUUUGGUAAUAUUCUUUUAGAUUAUGGGCUCCAGAAAAUUCCUAGUAUUUUGAACACUAGCAUUUUUAGCUGCAGUUGAAGAGCUAGGUACAAACUGAGAAAGAGUUCAAACUGUUACCUAAAAAAGGAUUAAUUUUACUUUGUCUCAACGAAAUAAGCCCAAGUUUGAUGUAUUAAAUUUUCAAUCAAGGUUAAAUUAUCUGCUUGUAGUUAUGUUAGAUUUCAGAUGUUGAAUUAUAAGGAAUAUUAUACAGAUGUAUAUGCUGAGCUGUAUGGUUAUAGGCUUAUAGCUAUGGUUACCGUUUUUCAUACGUUUUUUGUGUGUGUUUUUGUUUUAAUUAUGGUCUACACCUUUGUGAGAUCUUUCAGUAACGGCUAUGUGUCUGAUUUCUACCAUUAGUGUAAUUGUAAGCACGGUGACUCGUAGUUUUCUCCAGGACCGUGAGUUAAAAGGGAAUGAAAUUUUUGCAAUACUUUUUGAGUUAUUUCUGACAUUGAAAUUGUCUGCUGCAUGUAAGAAACCAACAACGCUUCCAACUUAGAAUAUUUUUGUUUAAAGACGGCUUUCAUACGGAAUUUUGAAUAACUUCCUUUCAUAUCUCAUAAUCCAAUUUGGGCGUAACAUAAAUAGAAAAGAAAAAUAUUACCGAACUAAGGAAGAAACAGUGGUUUUCAACAUCA